UUGUUUGAAAUGGGAUGAAGAUGCUGACAGCAAAACAGAAGUAUCUCUUUCUUGUUUCCACUUAGCAAGACAAAUAUGAGUGCCCUUGUCACAGAUUAACAGGCAAAGAUCACGGCAUAUGCACAGUAACUGCUCCGUAUCAUUUCUAGUUAUCAGAAAUAGAUCUGACAAGCAAACAGAGCUGAAAUGUACUGCACUGCCUGAAGGGAUAUCUCUGUCCAAACGUGCGAUAUACACUUGGCUGCUGUCCACAUUGGCUCUAACACUAUGUUUGACAAGUUACAGACAAGAUCCUACCUGUCUGCCUUCUUUUUGCCUGUAGACCUGACUACUGUGUAUUUCUCUUGGAUGUUUAGAAUACUUUCAAGCAAAGUUGUAAUUAAACCUUUGCCUCUAAAGCAUGCAGACCAGAUGCAUCUUAGAGCAGUUUUAAGAGCACUAGAAGUCUGGUCAGCUGUCUGGGAUUAUUUUUUUUUUUUAUUCUCUGGGAUUCAUGGAAGGUGGUGACAGUAGUGACUGCUAGUGCUUUGACAAGUGAUGGGAUUGUGCCUGAUGCCUGAAGUGCAACGUAUACUGCUGUGCAAUGCCUGCUCUCUGGCUCUGCCCGACUUCUGCUUCAGUUUCAGCACCUGCAAACUAGUGCAGUGUUGUAGUACAACAAGAGGAAUCUUUGGCCAACAUUUGGAAGAUACUGUACAAUAUGAAAAGAAGUUUGGCCCACGGCAAGCACCACUUGUAGUAGAGCAAUGUGUGGAUUUUAUUCGGGAACAAGGCCUCAAUGAGGAGGGACUAUUCCGAAUGCCUGGUCAAGCUAAUCUAGUCAAAGAGUUACAAGAUGCUUUUGAUUGUGGUGAGAAGCCUGCAUUUGACAGCAAUACAGAUGUCCAUACUGUGGCUUCCCUUCUGAAGCUCUAUCUCCGUGAGCUACCAGAGCCAGUUAUACCAUUUGCAAAAUAUGAAGAUUUCCUGAUGUGUGCACAGCUAUUAUCCAAGGAUGAAGAAGAGGGACAAAAGGAACUGGCGAUGCAAGUGAAGACUCUUCCUCAAGCAAAUCGAAACCUUCUCCACUACAUCUGCAAGUUCCUUGAUGAAGUGCAGGCACAUUCAAGUGAAAAUAAAAUGAGUGUCCAAAACCUUGCAACAGUUUUUGGGCCAAACAUAUUGCGUCCAAAGAUGGAAGAUCCAUUAACCAUCAUGGAAGGAACUUCACUGGUGCAACACUUGAUGACAGAGUUAAUCAGUGAGCACCAGGAGAUCUUCUCUAGUACCGAAUCAGAGACACCAGUACCUGUUAUUGAAAUGAGGCCUGUGCAUGGUCGUGGGACUGCUGAGUGGAUAACUGAAAAAGGGCUGCUAGAGAAAAGAGCAAACAAUGCACCCAGUCGUCCAGAUGAAGUGCUUUCUGGCAGUGCUAUAUCGCUGGAUGUCAAUGUGAACUCUCCCCAGACAUCAUCUAAGCUGGGAUCUCAGGGAAAAGGAGAAAAAAACAGUCAGCCAGCAAUAAGUCCUAGCAAACGGAUGCAGAAUUUGCCAAACUGGAAAUAUUCUUUCAAGCAAUCAAGUGGGAGAUCUAGCAGCCCCAAGAUAGGGGGCUCUACUUUAGAUAUUCCUCAUUUAUCAUCUAGUGGAAACUGGUUGAUGAAUGGGUUAUCAUCACUGCGAGGACAUAGAAGGACCUCUUCUGAGGAAAGGGUUAAGGAAACUGGAUCUUCUCAGAGGUUAUCAACAUAUGACAAUGUAACAACUAAUCCUUCCAUAAGUGCUCAAACAAUAGCCAGCGCAACAUGGACUACAUCCUCCUGUGAAAUCUCUGUUCUGGACUCUAACAACAGCUGUCCUGUAUGCAAUGCUAGUGACUCUCCAGCCAUCAGCUGCUCAAAAGCAGACUGGUCAAUGCAAGUUGCUCAGGCACCAAGUAGGAGAAAGACUGCUGUUGAUUUAGAGAAUAGUCUGGAUAAACUUGAAGUGUGCAUUAGUAGUAUUAGCUGCACUGACCGUCAACCGGUAGUUGUUUCUUCUAGUGGCUCAGGUGGCUGUACAAAGGCACUGCAGAGUUUAGUUAUGGAACUGAAAACAGAACUGGUCAAACAGAGACUGGAGUAUGAUGCUAGGAUACAAAGGCUUGAAGAGUCCAAUGCAGAGCUAAGAUUACACAUACACAGGUUGGAGGAAGAAGUGGACCAAGAGAAGAGGAAACAAGCAAUGCUUGAAAUAAAGUUACGAAAUUCAGAGCGGGCCAGAGAAGAUGCAGAAAAAAGAAAUAAGCUCCUACAGGCAGAAAUGGAGGAGUUCUUUGCCACUCUCGGUGAUUUAACUGUCGGAACCAAAGGCUCAAAACUCAAAUAGCAAACAUUUUCACUGUCAAUAUCAAAAAUAUCAAACUAAAAAAAGAAAAAAACGAUCUUGCUCAACCCGUCUAUGCAUUGUUGAUACAAUAUGCUCAUGUAUCAUGAGUAUUUUGAAGUAAUUCCAUGCUCUUUGCAGUACUUUGACUAAGGUAUGAUAAUAUUUCUAUUCACAGAGCUAAAAUUAGAAUAAUUGCUAAAACUUUUCCUGUUCAGGCUUAAAAGGGGCACAUUUUGAACAAAUAAAUGUAACUCAGUUCAUGUGGUUUAAGCCAGACAUGCCAAGGGUGGAUAAUGCACUGUUAAGCCCAGUUCUUACUGAGAUCCUUUUGUCUGAAAGUAAACUUUGCAAAAAACUUAAGUCAUAUAGUACUAUGAGAUCGUGAAGCAUAUAUGGUAGGUUACACAUCACUGAUCAGCUGCCAUCCAUUUACAAACAUAUGCUGUAACAUUGUAAAGCAUGCCUUAAGAAUUUCAUUCAUUCUACUUUAUAAUAUGAAAAAAUAACUAUGUCCUCUAAAAAGGAGGCAAGAUGCCUUCCUGUAGAGAAGCAAAGGGUAGGGUGGGGUGAAGGGGGAUGCCACCUCAGGCAUAAUGUGUUAGGAGGCAUGAUCGGGAAGCAUGGUUCCAGCAUGAUUAUUUCUGUACUAGCAUUUGUUUUAACUCUUCAGUGAAGAGCUGAGGGGGAGGAUUGGUGGGGGCAUGGAUCUGUCUUGUAACACCAGACAAAUACAGCAGAUCUUUUUUUUUUUCUCGUUCAUUUAAAUAGCUGAGGAAGCAGAGGUGGGAAGUAGGUUCUUGCAGGCAGCAAAGGACUAGAAGAGAGUUUCUUUUUCUCUUUGUUCUUUAUCUGAAGAGCAGAGGGAGUGGGGAGCACAUUGUAAAUUGGCACUGGGUGCUACAUGAUCCACCUCCAUCUCUGUGCUUACAUCUGACACCCCCCCAUCUGCUUUCACCACUGCUAAUGUUGGUGAACAGAUCACAGAAAGUAUUUUCAUCAGUUUGGGUCUUCUUACUAAACAGGACAAAAAUUCCAGUGUCUGCUAUACCACUGAUACAUGCUGGUCACUGGACAUCACAACAGAAGAGGCAGAAGGUCCAGGCUACAUUUCCACCUGUUAACCAGUAUGAAUGUCAUGUGUAGAACUGUGCAUAUCCAAUGGUCAAUAUUAGCACCUAUGUAUCAGGGCUGGGGGGAUGGCUGGGGAGUCAGAGCACACAAAACCACUUCUGUUGGCUGCUUGGAUGAACAACCUGUAACCUGGUCUUGUCCUGGGGGUGGGUGAAUGAAUGUGCUGACUGAAUAUGGGUGGACUGAUGAUUAACAGUAGUGAGGGACAAAAGGAUACAUAAAAAUAAUUAACAUGAUUUUUUUCCAUUUUUUUUUUGUUUAAUAAUUGACAUAAUUUUUGAACAGCUUUUAGUUCAUUUUUUUUUAUUUUUCUUUCAAACAUCAGGCAUUGCUUCAACAAUUAGGUAUAUUUAAAUCCCUGACCUCUGUGUUCAGUACUUUGCAUCAUUUUUAGGCUAUUUAUCAUUACAGUAGUAGAAUAGUAAUUUCCAUAGCUUAUACAACUUAAGUUGUUACAUUUUUCUAGAUGACCCAAGUUCAACUUGUGAGCAUAGGGAUCUGACUUUGGGGAGGUGGGAACAGAAUGGCAAUUGCCAGCUCACCCAUAUCUGGGGAAAGGUGUUGCUGUUGACCCAAGUGAAGGGAUUGUUAGCAAUACUUAAUACAAUAAUGGGAGACAACAUGUGUGGGGAUAUGCAUUUGUUCUUAGAUGCAAACAAUAAGAGCAUGAGAUAAUAUGACUUAGUAGAGAAACAUCUUGAUCUCUGCAACAUGCAAUAGCACCACCAUCAGAAUAUGGUUCUAGCCUCAAAGGGAAUGAGUGGGUGAUAUGACUCUCAUCUUGGGGGAACAAAUUAAGCAGGAUAAAGUCUGCUUGGAGGCUUAGUGGUCAGGGUGGGUAUCUGGGAAAAAAAUACAGCUGAAGACUAUGAAAGCUGUGAAAGGAUAUAUGUGCCAACUGUUUUCCUUCCUCUGGAACUGCUGUCCCCUGCUUUAGAUAAACAUAUAUAAUAUUUAUCUUGAAAUGCACCACCACCACAGUUGGAAUUCUAAGGACAAAUGUGUAAACAUGUGUGCAGCACAGUUGUAAAAGUGACAGAAGAGUAAUGAAAUAUUUGUAGAUACAAUGAGAAAUCAUACUUCUAAAUGUCAAAAAGAUUAAUGCCCAAGAAGCUGGUGUGAAACUUUUCUAGUAGUAGAUAUAUGCUGCAUAAAUUUCUGAAAAAAAAUUUAAAUAAGAAAACAAAAUAAUAUGUAGACAUUAGUGCUUCACUCAUUAAAUAGCAACUCUGGUUUCAUUUCUGGUAACUUGCAAAUUUGUUAUGAGAACACAGCACUGCCUAUCAUCACCACGUCACUGUUAAGUGUGAACAAGAAGACCUAUUUUUUGUUCAUAUGACAAAUGUUUUCCUUUAAAAGUAUGGACUGCCUUGUUCCUAAACAUUAUGCACCUGAAGUACCAUGACUUAUUAUAUACUCUUACUACGAAUAACAGCAUGCUUUACAUGAUAUAAAAUGGAUCCAUAUUUUGGUCAGAGGUGUGAUGAUUUACAUGCAUAAUUCAAUAUUUCAAGAUUAAACAUACUCAGAUAAGACAACAGUACCUCCUGAAAUGUAUUCCAUCAUAUAUCUGUCAAAUAAAUCUUAUGCAUUUUUAUCCUCUCACCAUGCAAUUUAUUACAGAGAUUAACAUAACCUUAUAAGAAAAUUAAAACAAGGUUUUGAUGUGACUUAAACAAUCCAGAGACCAGGUACAGGGCAGACCACUGGUUGCAGGUGUUAUACCUUGCAUCAUGUUUACUGUUACAGUAUAUUGUCUUAUUUUAUUUUUAUUUUAUUUAUUUAUCCUUUGUUGACCAGGUUAAUUCCACUUGGAUGCUGGCCUCGUGUCUGGUUAGUUAUGAGGUGGUAUUCAUAACAACUAGGGGGAAAUUUGGAUAGGGUAUCAGGGAACUUCCCCUACUAUUUUUGAUAUGUAUGGAUGAGAUCUUUUGUAUACACCUGAGCUCCCACCAACUCAAGCAGAUGGGACCUUGGCUUAACAUCUCAUCCAAAGCUGUUUCAUGACUUUUAACAGUCAUCAACAAGUUUGCAUCCAUGAGAUGUCAGGGUCAUAUACAUUUCUCCCAGCCGUCAAGUCAAGUCUUAACAUUUCCUACAUUAGAAGCUUGUCUCAUUGAUAAUGACAAUCAGUUCCAUAAAACAGCACCCUGAAAUCUAGUCUGACAGUUGGUACAGAGGAUUAAGACACUAUAAAUGAGCUGCAUUGUGUUAUCCAGGGUUUGAUUCCCCCAGUCUCCAUUGCCUGCCUGUGUAAGUUACAAGUCACUUAAUCUGACAAAGCCUGAAAACGUUCCAUGGAAAUCAAAGCUCUACCCAGUCAACAAGUGAAAAUAAAUUCUAAAUAUAUAUUUUUCAUUGUUUCUGGCAAAUGUGUCUAUUUCCACAAUUAAAUUGAUGUUCUUGUGUUAUAUGUGGUAUUUCGUAGUUACUCUUAAUGUAGCUACUACCUCAUUAAUAAAAUGCAUAUAUAUCAAUAACAUGUUACAUCUGAAAAGAGCAUAUAUCGUGGUAUGCAAAUUCAUCUGUAGAAGUCUUUGUGUAACUAACUUUCUCUUUCCACUUAUUCUCUUAGUAAAGUACAACUGGAUCUUUUUCUGAUUUCUUCAGCUCUUUCACACUAUACAGAGAAAAUAAUGCACCCCUACUCUAUAUGGGAUUUAAUCAGUUGUCUAAAUAAAUAUGGCAUGAUUUUCACAUGCUUAGAUGACACUGUAUGAAAAAUGUCAUGCAUCAGGUGACACUUUGUUCCAUUAAUAUGCAGUUCAGCCAUUAGUGACCUAUCCACAAGGACACCAUUUUUUAACAACUUCCUGAAUGCAAAAAUCUGAGCAGUAAUGGAAUGAGGGUAGUUAUUAUUCCCAAAUUGUAUAACCAAACACUAUUUGACAUUGACUGCAAUUUGUUUGAUAUUGAGCACCCAAACAGUUCAAAUAAUCUUAUACUCACACCCCCCAACCACCUUUGCACCUUCAUGCUUUUGAAAAAUGCAUCAUAUUGUCUAAUGCUUCUCUGUCUAGACUCCUUCCAGUUCAUAAUCCAGUUAUAUACAUAUGAUUUAACAUUUAAGUUUCCCAGACCCUUGAAUAUAGGAAAAAAAACAUUUUAGCGAGAUCCAAGUAUAGUAUCCACAGUUAAACUUACAUGUAGACUAUCAAACAUGUUAUUAUAAAAACUUGAUAGAUAAAUUACACAGGAUCAGCCAGAUGUAAAUUCAUGUUGACAGAGACUGAGUAAAGCAUAGAUAUAAAAGUAUCAUGAUCAACAAUUUAAUUUCAAAAUGCUUCCCUAGAAUAUAUGUGAGACUUUUAGGACUAAAUCUAUCCUCAGUACCUGCAUUACUAUCCUUUGUAACAGUAAAAUGUAUUGCUUGCCACUAUGCUCAGGGAAAUAAAAGGCUCUAAAGAUUUCUAAAACAGAUAUAUUGGAGAGGAGAAAAGACACUGGUGCUAACCUUGUCAAGAAAAUCCGCAUUAACACAUGUGGUUCCACUACUGAUUCAGGGCCUACUUUUUUCAAUGACAGUAAAACUAUUUCUACAGUAACCACUGGGCAUAAAAUACUAGCAGCCUUGGUUUUCACAGAAGUACUUGUGUCUAAUAACAGAAUUCCAGGUAGGAAAGUAUUGCAAUAUUUUUCUUGACUGAGAAAAUAAUAUUACUAGCCUUAAAUGUAAGGGUCAAACAUGUUUAAAAAAUUAUUUUGUAUUAUCUGCAGUGUAGUGAAGUAACUUUGUUUCAUAUUUUGCCUUGGCUUAAUAUAUCAUCAUACUAAGAUGACAUAUCACUUUCACGCAUUUUUUCAUGAUUUUUACUUGAAAGACAUGUCUUACAAAUUGUCCUGUAGUGAUGUUUCUUUUUAAUUAACUUAUGAAUAGCUUUAUCCUCCAAUUUUGAUUUUUUAGCUCAAUGUUCUUUUGUCAUUUGCAUCACAGACACUGAUUAUUUAUUCAUUUUUAAAUAGAACUUAUCCCAGGGUAAAUAGAUACCUUCUGUGUAAACAUCCUGUUAGUCCAAAUACUGCACUUCUUUAUUGAUGCUUAUAUAGACAGAUCUGUAAAACUUUGUCUCCUGAUUUGCUACCUGAUUAGUCUGAUACCUACUGACUUGUCUUUCCCAACUAACACAACAGUAAUCCAAGUUACUAAGUUCUGGGCAUUCUACAGCCUUCUGAGUUCAUGUUCUUUUUUUUCAAGAAGUUUCUCCUUGGAAUGGUGAUGCACUAGUAUAUUCAUGUGCACUAAGAAGCAAAACCAAAUGAUAGUUUUUAACACUAAUAUUUACUGUGGCUGCUUGAUCAGAAUAAAUUGUUGCUUCAUUUUCCACUCCACUCACCAUCUAGCUUUCCAAUCCAGCACCACUACUGAUCUAUUCAUUUCUCAUUGGUGAGACCCCUACAGUUCAUUUAUUCCUUGAGAGGAGAGAAGGCUGAGCAAACAGGGAACAGGGACAGGGUUUUCACCCAUGUGGAAUAAUAGGUUUAUGUUUUAAAUGCUAUCCCCACUGUGCAUGGCCAGCAACCUGCUCAGGGUGGGGUGUACAGUGGACAUCACCGAGGACAUGCCAUUCACUUCCAUGAGUGACAUAACCUUUUUAGACUGCUCUGUCCCUCUUAAAUCCAGUACUCCCUUGUCAUCUCCAGUCUCCACCAAGGACAUUGCAUUGAACAUUGUGUUCUGGGCAUGUGCUGCCCCCCCCCCAAGACAAGUGAGCCAUGUAGACUGCAUUAUUCAUCUCUUCCCCAUGCCUGCUCCAAAAAAUCCCUCAGCUACCAAUUGAUUAAAAGUUGCCUGAGUCUUAGGGCUUAAUUCCCCUGUUCUGCUGGCAGUAGCAAUCAGAACAAUCUAAGUUUCAUUCUGCAGUUAAACAUUCCUUGGUCAGAAAGAUAAUAACUGAAAUAGUAUAAUGCCUUCAGAUAGCAUUUUUUCCUGAUCAUUAUACAGGAGCAUGUUCAUGCUAUCAUACGGAUGUUUUGCAGAAGAACACAGACUCUCCAUACAAAUCUAGCAUUUUAAGGUUCUGUUUUGAAUUUGACUGUUUUUCAUUACCAGCCCCCCAUUGUAGGGCAGCUAUACAAUGGCACAUCACUAGACUCAUUGUUUCCUGCAAUAUCUCUUACUUAUUUCUGAGACAGAUGAUCUCCUCUUUUGAAGAAAGCUGCUUAUUAUAGCCAUCUGGGAAGCUCUUCUGCAGUCCCGGUCCUCAGGAUGAUUUUCUGGCACCUGCUGUAGUGAGGUCUAAUGUCUACCAUUCAGGCUAUGUUCUGUAUCUAUAUCUUUUUCUUGUUUUUGAUCUGAGAGCCAGAGCAUAUUAUGAUGCCAUGUUCAGCAAUGCUCUCUUGUAACUUACUACAGCGAUCUGUUCCAUCCAGUCUACUACAGAUGUAGCAAUUUGUCUCAGCACACUGCAUGACAUCCCUUCCAUACACCUACACACACAGACAAAACAUAGAUACACAUAUACAUACAUCCAGGAGAAAUGAAAAUGCUCUUUAUGUGGCUAUUAUACACAAUCCCUCCCUCACCCUGGCUUUUUAAUGCCAUGUGUUAGUUUCUGAAUUUGUGUUUGUAUAGUUUCAGAGACUAACCCUGGCACUGGCUGGAAUGCCUGCAUUUUUAUGUCUCACACGACAUAUAACCUUGCAGCUAUGCCAUAUAUAACUUGAGGACUGUGAUAUUAUCCUCACUGUGCUGUAAAUGAUGCAGGCUCUAUGCAGUCACAGUUGUUCCUUUAAGCAUGCCCCCUCUGUGAAAAAAAAUGUCUGUUACUGCUCUUCCAUUCAUGUUGUCUGGAAUUCAGCACAAGUUUGUUACUUAUGUGUAUUGAGACCAUUUUCAGCCUUUUUUGCACUAUUUUGAGUGUUAUUUACUGUUUUAGUUCAUUUAGUAUAACUGUUUGAAUUGGACAAACAAGGUCCGUUUCCCUGAUUUGCACCUCAGAAAUAAAGACCUUGAGAAUAGCCUCUUGUGGUAUAUGUAAAGAUGAAAGCCUUUGUAACCUGUGCUUGAAAACUCAAGAGUCUGACUGAAAUAAAGUGAAUGUUGAAAGA